AUGCCUAUAAAAGGGAAGAAGAGGUUUUCUCUAAAGACAGUUGAUCAGAUCCCACUUCUUUUAGUGGAAAUGGGAACGAAAGGGGAUACGUCUUCGAUGCCAACCCAUUUAAUCUCUCUUGCGGUGGUUAUUGUUUCUUUAAGCUUUACUCCAUCCACUGACGCCACCUAUCCUUACUCAUCUCUACCACCUCCACCUAAGAGAUCCUCAGCGUCAUUAACUAAGCAUCAUUAUGUUUACAAGUCACCACGUCAUCCUGGGUUUCAGAAGUCUUCUCCACCACCACCACCACCUCAUAAACAACAUCAAAACAUUAUCUCACCGGAUCCACCACAUAUAAAACCGCAUCCGCCUACAUCAAAGCCACCUUCAUCACCAAAUACACCCGUGCACAACCCUUCACCACCACCACCACCCGUUCACAAGUCCCUGCGACCUCCUCCACCUAAAAAACCUUACGUGUAA